AUGUUCGCCUUCAAAACUACAAAUCACCCGACUGUCCGGGCCACACUCGGCAGGCCAGUCAAGUCGGGAGACAUGGAGCGUCUGAUAGAUCAACCAGGCUCAAUUGAGAUCAAGACAAUUGCUGCUGACUGGGUGGCCGACUUGUCUGGAUUGCUUAAUUUGAAUGACCCAAAGGCCGUACAAGCAGGUCUCAAAGAACGCCGCGAGCCAAUCAAGAUUUUCGCCCACGUUAUCCGGCACCCGUCACAGGGGUUCUUUCUGGUGGACACGGGUGUUUCACGACGUUUUGUAGCUGACCCUGCAGCAGCAGGGGUUGGUUGGGUCUUGCGGACGUUUGCUGGUAUAAGUGACAUGAAGGCUCAGCAGAGUACUAAGGAAAUCCUCGACGCUGAAGGUACAGCUCUCAAGGGGGUUUUUAUGACACAUCUUCACCUUGAUCACGUCUCAGGCCUUCCGGAUAUCCCUAAGGAUGUACCUAUCUACACUGGACCCCAUGAGGCAGAGUCGGGUUUAUUCAUGAAUAUAGCUGUUCAAGGUACGAACGAUCGUCUUCUUGCUGGACGACCACCGCUGCAAGAAUUCGACAUACCUAGAGACGAGGACAAUAAGUUUGCAGGGGUACUUGACAUCUUCGGCGACGGCACAUUGUUCGCUAUUCACAGCCCUGGUCACACGACUGGGCACAUCGCUCUUGUCGCUCGGACGCCAGCAGGCCCGGUGCUCAUGACAGGUGAUGUGUGUCACACCCGCUGGGGUUGGGAUAAUGGUGUCGAGCCAGGAACCUUUCUCAAAGAGCGCGAUCCCAGUCGUGAAAGCCUUUUCGCACUCAAAGCAUUCAGCGAACGCCACCCGAAUAUGGAGAUCAAGCUGGGCCACCAAUUGUAA